AGAAGAGAGACGAAAUGCUCUAUUACAGAGUAAGGGUUGGCGCGUUCAACAGCACCGUUGCUGUGUUAGGAUUCCAUACCCUAUGUUAAAUAAGUCAACAGAAUAAUAAUAUUGACUAUAAGGAAUCACAACCGCAAUGUAAUAAAUAUUACUGUGAAUUUUGUUGUGAUCAAAUAAAUAAAAAAAUGAAAUGAAAUGAAAUAUUGCUGGGCUCUUAAUUGUAAAGAAGCGGUCGAUAAAAAACGCUCCUUUCAUACGUAUGUAUGACAGUAUUUACAUUUUGGUUUUUUCAAAUAUCAAUGUUAUUGAGGUUAUCUCAAUUUCACUGGCAUAUACAUUUUUUAAGGUAACUUAAAAAAUUCAUUUUUCACAUAAUUAAACAGCAUGAUUUUAGGCAUGCCGAGAGUGAAUUGCACAGCUAGAGCGUAUCAAAAUACGCGCUUUUUUCAGAGCCUACAUUUCAAGAAUUACCAUGUAGUACGUACAAGGCUUAUUCGUGCGCGCGUGUAUAUCGAUAUGGCUAUCCUAGUUCUUUACUCGGUAGUACCCCCACCACUCCAAUGUCCAGUUGAUUCUGUAUGGUCUAAGGGAACGAUGCGAUUGGUUCUCAAUGCGGGGCCUACUCGCUGUGAGUCACCCACUGAAAUGAGUCACCUGUAGGUAAAGCAAGCGUCCGACCCGAUACUUGAUUCAGAAAACUACAGAAGACGAGUGAAGUUUGUUGUGCGAGUUAGGUUAGGUUCCGUUGAAUUGGCCUAUUUCCACGCUAUUUUGCAUUUAAGUGAUAUAUACCACACGAUAGAGGCCAACCUCACGCGAUGGCUGUCAAGGAAAAACAAGUUGACCACACGGAGGAAAUAGAGUGGAAUGUUGACAAUGAAAUACAAUUAUUUUUUGCCAUGAACGGUCACAAGCCAGUAGGUAUCAACAAAUAUUUCCACAUGGUCUGUAUCUGGGAAAAAUUUCGCGCUGCAAUACACAAAGAUAUUUCGUUGAAAGUUGUUUGGAGCCAUCUGGAAUCAAUGUACGACUUAGCAGCACUGGAUGAUAUGGAAGAUCUUCCGUUUCCGAGCAAUGAGACUGAUUUUGCACUUCCGGAGUCGGAGUUUUCUUCUUUGAUUAAAUUGAGAAAGAAGGAAGAAUUAGAUGUAAAAAGUAAAGAAGUCCAACCAAAGGAGAAACAGAAGGAAAUGAGGAAGGAUAAAGAUUCUAAAGAUAUUGUGAAGAAAGAUAUUCCUCCUCCCAAAGAAGUUAAAGGUAGUAAAGAACCAGACAGGAAAAAGGAAGAGCCAAAAAAGCCUACCAGAGAAAUGGAUAUGAAGAAAGACAAGCUUCGCGACACCAAGGAUAUAAAAAAGGAGCAACACAAAUCUUCCAAAGGACGUCCCAAAGGAAAGGACGAUGAUGAAACAGCUUCGGCCGGCAAAAAGGAAAGGAAAGAUUCUGAAUCAAGCCGUGAUGGUCCAAAGCGAGGUGUCAAAAGACCGACAAGACAAAGUGUAGAUAAUACAUCAAAAGCGUCGUCAAGCCCACGAGAUACACCACCGCCAAAGCGACGUAGAAUAUAACAAUCUGGAUAUUUUAGGUGGUAUAUAUAUCCAAUUUUAUCCCCAUGAUGUAAACAUAAACGAAUUGCCUACGAGUUAGGCAAAGCUUGCAGUACACAUAAUUGAAGCUUUUGAGGG